AUGCACACUGCCCCUCGGCUUCGCCGUUGGAGCUACGCCUGCGCAGGUGGCGGUGCACGCGCCGUUUGCCCGUGCGCAUUGCGCUCGGGUCCGCGCCCCGGCGUGCACGCCCCGCGCCUGGCCGUCCCGUUAUCCCCGGGUCUCCGCGAGCAGCCGGAAGCCCGGAUGGCGGAGGUGGCCCGGCUGCUGGGCGAGCCGCUGGAGGAGGAGGCGCCCGAGGGCAGGCCCCGGUCCAGGGCGGGCGGCCUGGCGGCGAUGCCCUACCUGCGCCUCCGCCACCCGCUCAGCGUCUUGGGCAUCAAUUACCAGCAGUUCCUGCGCCACUACCUGGAGAACUAUCCGAUCGCCCCGGGCAGGAUCCAGGAGCUGGAGGAGCGCCGGAGGCGCUUCGUGGAGGCCUGCAGAGCCAGGGAGGCCGCCUUCGACAUCGAGUACCUGCGCAACCCUCAGAGGGUGGAUUUUGACAUUUUAACGUUUACCAUAGCCCUGACUGCGUCGGAAGUGAUCAAUCCUCUCAUAGAAGAACUGGGCUGCGAUAAGUUCAUCCACCGGGAGUAAGGAGUCAGGCGAGGGUGGACACGGCACCAAGACCUCGGCAGCCAAGUCAAACCCCAUCCUGCAACUUGGUUUUCGAAAGUCAAAAGAUCUUGAGAAUAAGGCAGUGCAUCGUUGGAAGAGGAAAAACGUCAGAAAAUUGGGAGGGGGGAAAUGUCCAAAACAUCGUUAGGCUCCUGUAACGUUUCUUGAAUUUAUGAUUGAUUGGGAUUUCUUGUGUCCACGUGGCUUCGUUAAUGCGCAAAGGAUGGUUUUGUAAAAUUUUGAGACUUAAAAUUGCCAGUAGUAGAGCCCACGAUGAAGAAGGAUCAGCGUGGAGAGUUAAAACUGGUUUUAGGACGAAGUUUGUGUCAAGCACUUGACUUUUGCAGAAAAUGCCUUCUCUUCAUGUCAGAGUCAACGAGAGUGUAGCGUGUAAGACUGACUGUGUUUCUGAGACGUUGAGAAUGGCAAGCAACAUGAAUAUUGUAUAUAGUAUGUGAUAAAUGGUGUUUCCAAACAUA